GUUCCUCACGUGAGCUGUGCUCCUCAGUGUGCCGGCGAGGAGAACUGGGUGGACAGCAGGACCGUCUACGUCGCCCGCAAGGAGCCCCCGCCCGGAGCCGAGGCCUACAUCCCCCAGCGUUACCCCGACAACCGCAUCGUAUCCUCCAAGUACACCUUCUGGAACUUCAUACCCAAGAACCUGUUUGAACAGUUCCGAAGAAUCGCCAACUUCUACUUCCUGGUCAUAUUCCUGGUCCAGCUUAUCAUCGACACGCCCACCAGUCCAGUCACCAGCGGUCUGCCUCUCUUCUUUGUCAUCACCGUAACCGCCAUAAAACAGGGCUAUGAGGACUGGCUGAGACACAAGGCCGACUGCUCCAUCAACAAGUGCGGGGUGGACGUGGUGGAGCAGGGCAAGGUGGUCCGGACGCAGAGCCACAAGCUGAGGGUGGGGGACGUCGUCAUGGUGAGGGAGGAUGAGACCUUCCCGUGUGACCUCAUCCUUCUCUCGUCCAGCCGCGAGGACGGAACCUGCUAUGUCACCACCGCCAGCCUAGACGGAGAGUCCAGCCACAAGACGUACUAUGCAGUACCAGACACCAUGGCCUUCAGGACAGAGCAGGAGUUGGACUCGCUACACGCCACCAUUGAAUGUGAGCAACCCCAGCCUGACCUUUACAAAUAUGUGGGACGGAUGAAUAUCUACAAGGACGGAGAGGAGCCUAUAGCCAGAUCCCUGGGAGCUGAGAACCUGCUCCUCAGAGGAGCUACCCUGAAGAACACACAGCACAUUUAUGCUGUUGCCAUCUACACGGGCAUGGAGACCAAGAUGGCGCUCAACUACCAGUCCAAGUCCCAGAAGCGCUCUGCCGUGGAGAAGAAGAUGAAUGCCUUCCUCAUAGUCUACCUGUGCAUCCUGAUCAGCAAGGCCGUCAUCAACACUGUCCUCAAGUACGCCUGGCAGUGGUCACCUGACCACGACGAGCCCUGGUACAACCACCGCACCGAGAGCGAGCGUCAGCGCCACGUGGUGAUACGGGCCUUCACAGACUUCCUGGCCUUCAUGGUGCUGUUCAACUACAUCAUCCCCGUCUCCAUGUACGUUACCGUGGAGAUGCAGAAGUUCCUGGGCUCCUACUUCAUAGCGUGGGACGAGGAGAUGUUCGACCAGGAGCUGGGGGAGGGGGCACAGGUCAACACCUCCGACCUCAACGAGGAGCUGGGACAGGUGGAGUAUGUGUUCACUGAUAAGACAGGCACGCUGACAGAGAACAACAUGGAGUUCAUCGAGUGCUGUGUGGACGGGAACGUGUACGUGCCUCACGCCAUCUGUAACGGCCAGAUCCUCAGCACGGCCUCCAGCAUCGACAUGAUCGACUCCUCCCCUGGGGGCUACAGGAGGGAGCACGAGGAGCUGUUCUUCCGGGCUCUGUGUUUGUGUCACACGGUCCAGGUGAAGGAGGCGGAGACAGUGGACGGCAUCAAGCAAGGCCUCCACCAGGGCAAGCCCACCGCCUUCUACAUCUCGUCCUCCCCUGAUGAGGUGGCCCUGGUGGAGGGCAUGAAGAGAUUGGGGUACACCUACUUGAGAUUGAAGGACAGUCACAUGGAGAUCCUUAACAAAGACGAUGAGAUUGAGAGGUUUGAACUGCUGCAUGUGCUCAACUUUGACUCUGUCAGGAGAAGAAUGAGUGUCAUCGUCAAGUCCAGCACAGGGGAGUACCUGUUGUUUUGUAAGGGGGCAGACUCCUCCAUCUUCCCCAGGGUGGUGUCUGGGAAGGUGGAGCAGGUGAAGGCUCGCGUCGAACAGAAUGCUGUGGAGGGCUUGAGGACUCUGUGCGUGGCCUACCGCAGACUGUCCCCGGCCGAGUACGAGGAGGCGUGUCAUCACCUUAGCAACGCCAAGCUGGCCCUGCAGGACAGGGAGCAUCGUCUGGCGCAGGCUUAUGACAUCAUCGAGAGGGACUUUGUGCUUCUGGGGGCCACAGCAGUGGAGGACAGGCUGCAGGAGAAAGCGGCCGACACCAUCGAGGCACUCCACAAGGCGGGCAUGAAGGUGUGGGUCCUGACCGGGGACAAGAUGGAAACUGCGGCGGCGACGUGCUACGCUAGCAAGCUGUUCCGGCGCAGCACGCAGAUCCUGGAGCUGACCAAGAAACGCACGGAGGAGCAGAGCCUGCAUGACGUGCUGUUUGAGCUCAACAGGACCGUGCUGCAUCAACGCUCACUCUCAGGGUUGUCUGUCGACUGUCUGGACUUUGGCCUGAUCAUCGACGGUGCCACUCUGUCAGCGGUCCUGAAACACAGUCCGGAAGGUUCCGGCUCGGGCAGCUACAGGGACGUCUUCCUGGACAUCUGCCGAAACUGCUCCGCUGUGCUCUGCUGUCGCAUGGCGCCCCUGCAGAAGGCGCAGAUUGUGAAGCUCAUCAAGGCUUCUAAGGAGCACCCCAUCACGCUCGCCGUGGGAGACGGGGCCAACGACGUCAGCAUGAUCCUGGAGGCCCACGUCGGGAUCGGCAUCAUGGGUAAGGAGGGCAGGCAGGCGGCGAGGAACAGCGACUACGCCAUCCCCAAGUUCAAACACCUGAAGAAGAUGCUGCUGGUGCACGGACACUACUACUACAUCCGCAUCGCGGAACUGGUGCAGUACUUCUUCUACAAGAAUGUGUGUUUCAUCUUCCCUCAGUUCCUAUAUCAGUUCUUCUGUGGGUUCUCACAGCAGCCCCUGUACGACACGGCCUACCUGACACUGUACAACAUCAGCUUCACCUCUCUCCCCAUCCUCCUCUACAGCCUGGUGGAGCAACACGUCACCAUGGACACGCUCAAGAAGGAUCCCUCCCUCUACAGAGACAUAGCUAAGAACUCCCUGCUUCGCUGGCCAGUCUUCCUAUACUGGACGUGUCUGGGCGUAUUCGACGCCGUCGUCUUCUUCUUUGGUGCCUACUUCCUGUUCGACAACACAACCUUCACCAGCAACGGACAGCUAAUGACCACCAACACGCAGAUGAUGUUUGGAAACUGGACCUUCGGAACUCUUGUCUUCACUGUGCUAGUCUUCACCGUCACUCUCAAGCUUGCCUUGGACACACAUCACUGGACGUGGAUCAACCAUUUUGUGAUCUGGGGCUCUCUGCUGUUCUACGUCAUCUUCUCUCUGCUGUGGGGGGGCAUCAUCUGGCCGUUCCUGAACUACCAGAGGAUGUACUACGUGUUCAUGCAGAUGCUGUCCAGCGGUCCAGCCUGGCUCAGCAUUAUCCUGCUCAUCACCCUCAGCCUGCUGCCUGACGUGCUCAACAAGGUGCUCUGCAGGGCCCUCUGGCCCAGCGCCACCGAGCACGCCCAGGACCUUGACAAGCUGUCUCAGAGUGGCGUGUUCGAGGCAACUCCCCCAUCCUCUCGCCACCUCUCCCCCAAACCCAGGCUCGCUGACUCCUCCCACUCGCUGCCCAGGGUUCCAGAGCCCCUCCCUCUCCGCCGGUCUGAGCCCCUCGCCCAGAAACUGCUGCUGACCCAGUGGGGAGAAGGGGGAGGGGUCGACUACUGCUCCCUCGGGCCCUACAUGCUCCGCCUCUCAGGGGCUGGAUAUGCCUACUGCGCUCCCGGGCCAGAGACCUCCGUGUGAACACACACACACACACACAAACCAGCACCAGACUUUUUUGUGUGGAAAAAUCACCCACUGGUCUAAAAACCAAGUUGUGUGUGUAAAACACCUGUGAAGGUAUAUCAGAUAUCUCCAAGGAUUUCGUAUGUGUGAAACUAACAAACAUUCUCCUGGGAAGAAGCAUGGAACUCUCAUAUACACUCACUUUUCACCAUGUGCAUUUUGUAACUGCCGUGAAGGCAGUUCAUCUGAUUGGCCAAAACCCUUUAGAACUGACCUCUGACCUUUUCGACCCACCAUGUGACCCCCAAACCAGAUUGUCAUUGGUCACGUUCGGCCCUUAUUCUCAAGCCCAGUUCAGUCCAUGUCCUGAACGCCUGUCUCCAUGUGAAAAUACUUGAAACAGUCUGCUGUUUAACUCGCUCACAAGAUAACCAUUCAUGAAUGUGUGACCAGUCAUGCACUAAGAAACUGUUGAGGGAGUUAAUGAGUGAAUGUGUCUCAAAAUCUGCCUUUUCUGUUCAUCCAACAUGUUUAUAUUUGAGUAUUCUCAGUGUUGCAUAUCUAUCUCUUCAUAUCCUGGUCACUCAAUCUGCCAUGUCUUCUGCUUAUCGUUUUGAGUGGUCUGGCCAGGUUACGGUAGUCUUUGUACCAGACUCUGGUGUGUGUGUGUGUUUGUGUUCUAGUGACACCUCUGCCUUACAGCAACCAUACAGCAGACUAGGCGCCAAAGGGGAGGGAGGGGGGGGGGGCAUAGAUGAGGGGAGGGAGUCGUUUGAGAAUAUAUUCUACAUUGUAACACACAUCUGAAGCCUUACACACACACACACACACAUACUUGUUAGAGGGUGGAGGGAAUAGAACUGGUUGAGGGAUGUAAGACUUCCAGCCAUCCUGUUUUAACUCCUCACUGUCAUCCAACUUGUUCACUCAUUUCUUCACUCCUUCACUUAUUCAAGGGCAGACACCUACUGUACUGAAGGUCAGGUUCCACAGCCCUUACACGAGCUCAGUCUACAUAUGCCUGUCUCGAUAUUCCCUGCCUUCCAUUAACACACUCACCUACCCACUCACUCCACCUUGUGGCCAAGCUGGUCGACCGCAGUGUGUUUGUCAGGGACAGAUGAGUAGCCACCCCCACCUCCACCCCCACCUUCAGGACAUCUGUACACCUGCGGAACUCCCGGAACUCCACAGGGGGACAGAAUGUUCUUCCUUGACGGAUGUUCUAAUCUAGAAUGAUUUGCGUGUUGUUGUGGCUUAAUUUUUUCUCCAGAUUGUGUAUGUUGUGUGUCAUGCAAUUCUCAUCCGGAUAUGGAAUGUCUCUGUUCUACAUUUACCGGUGUUGACCUUAUGUUGGCUUAUGUGUUGAAAAUAAUAUAUGCGAUAUGUUAUGCGGAUAUGAUUAUAAAGUGCAGUUGUUUAUGAUAUGUGGAUGUAACUUAAACUAGGAGAGAUGUAAUUUGAGGAUGUAUUGGGGAUUUGAUGGGGGGGGGGGGGGUCAAAGUCUAUUGAAAACAGAGGAGACUUGAAUCUUACAGCGAUGUCACAAUCAAAUCCAUGUUUCUAGAAUGUUCUUCUGACGCAUGUCUGACGUGUCCUCUCUAGCUGAAGAUUGUAGAUCGUUUAUGAAUGAUAAAUCUAUUUUCUACAUUUCUAACAAGUGAAGGUGAAGCAAACCUCUUGCCUUUGUCCAAAGCUCAUCAGUUGCAUUUGUUUGUGGGCUCUGAAAGCAUCCCGUUUUCCCUCUCGCUUUCAUGCACUGAUACCAGACCUGGGUUGAGUUAACUGUUUUAAAA